AUGGGCGCUAGGUUGUCAUUAUUGGCACCUUCAGCACCGACAAUAGCCAUUUCUUCGUAUGUGGAUAUUCUAAAUAAUAUUCAAUAUGUCGAAUUAUUAAACAAUUCACGAUUUCUUAAAACGAUUAAGGCAGUCGAUAAUGCAUCAGGAAACUUGAUAGUUAUUAAAAUACUCAUAAAACCUUCGAAUAAUACUUCGAAUUACAACAUAGAUUUACAGCAAUUGACUGAAUUAUUGGCAAAAGAAUCUUCUUUACUAUGCGGGUUUAAUAACAUCCUACCAUGGCACAAAAUUAUAGAGACAGACAGGGCAGGCUAUUUGAUUAGGCAACUGAUUAAGACAAAUCUAUACGAUAGGAUAUCACUAAGGCCCUUUUUAGAACCUAUUGAAAAAGCUUUUCUUACGUUCCAAAUAUUGAGAAUAAUCCAUGAUUUGCAUAAUAAAUUGAAUAUCCAUCAUGGUGAUUUAAAAUUAGAGAACUUUUUGAUCACAUCGUGGAAUUGGGUAAUGUUGACAGACUUUGCGAACUAUACAAAGCCUACGUAUCUUCCAGAAGAUAAUCCAAAUCAAUUUUCUUUCUAUUUUGACACAUCAGAUAGAAGACUCUGUUAUAUCGCGCCUGAAAGGUUCUAUAACUCAAAGAGCAAUGUUAAACCAAUUCAAAAUGUUAAUGAUUUUGGUCAGUUUAAUGGGAAAGACCAACUAACAAAUGAAAUGGAUUUAUUUAGUUUGGGAUGCGUUAUAGCUGAAUUAUAUUUGGAUGGAGAACCUACUUUUACACUAUCACAAAUAUUCAAAUAUAUAAAAAAUGAGUAUAUUCCUGAUUUAUCGACUAUUAAUGAUUCAAACAUUAGAGAAAUAAUAACUAACUUGAUUCUGCGUGAUCCUGGUGAUAGACCAUCCGUUGAUACUAUACUCAACGACUAUAAAGACAAAUGUUUUCCAGGUUUUUUUUAUGAGUUUCUUUAUGAUUUCAUGUCUGAGUUAAAUAAUAAUGAUUUAUUUGUUAUCCCAAGCGAUAAUGAUAAUCUAACUCCUAGCGAUUUGAAGCUUGAAAAGAUUUACAAAAGUUAUGACAAGAUAGCUGAUGCUUUACAAUUUAAUUAUUCCAAUGAUCGCAAUUCUUCCCUUUCUCAAAACUCGAAAUUCGUACCAUUGAUGCUCAAUUUAAAAGGAAUGCCAAAAAACUAUACAGUGAAACCAACAGUAACCUUUAUGGAAAAUAAUUACCUGCAGCAAGGUUCAUUGAUUAUCCUUAAUUUAAUUUUCUCGUUGAUGAAAUCAUUCAAGCAGCCUUUAUCCAAAAUAAAAGCGUGUGAAUUAAUAGUUGCAUUAUCAGAGAGGGUUAACGACGAUUGCAAAUUAGAUCGCUGUUUACCAUAUUUAUGUAAUCUAUUGGACGAAUACAUGGACAGCUCCUCCAUAAAUUACCAACCAAAUAAUUUUCAAACCAACUUGUCAGAGAACUUCACAUCAUCUUCAGAAGUAGCAUGCAUUGCAUUGACGUCUAUAACCACAUUGAUUAUGUCGUGUUCAUAUAUUAACCCGAUUAAUGUAUUAAUGUUUUCAGAAUAUUUAUUACCAAAGUUGCACGCUUUGAUUAGUAUAUUUCCAAAGAACGAGGACAAAAAUUUAAUCAAAAUAACAUUGGCUGCAUGUUUACCUUACCUUGCAAAUGUAUCUAAGAAAUUCUGGAUGAUGUCCAAGACUUUUAAGAAUGAUGUUCUAAAAGAUUUGAACAGUCGACUUUCGUCAAAACCUCUGUUAGACGAUAAAGAAAACGUAAGUGACUCUUACAAUUCAUUCAGCAUUCGAAAAGAACAGUUAGAUUCUGAUUUUGAAAACCUUGCCUCCAAAUUAUUAACAGAUGUUAACCCCAUGGUUAAAAUAAGUUUAGUUAACAAUAUAAUGCCAUUAUGUCAAUUUUUUGGUGUUGAUAAAACUAAUGAUAUAAUUUUACCACACUUAAUCACAUACUUAAAUGAUUCAAAUUAUGAAUUAAGACUCGCAUUCUUGUCGUCGAUUUUGGGAAUAGGCCCUUUCGUUGGAGUUUUGUCAUUUGAGCAAUACAUUUUACCCUUAUUGAUUCAAACUCUAGGUGAUCUGGAACAAUUUGUCAUUUUAAAAGUCUUGGAAAUAUUUUAUUGUUUUGUACGAGAUAGGUUGAUUAAUCCAAAAUCUGAAUUCAAUGCAUUGUCAAUCUACAAGGAGUUGUUAACAAGCUCAAUAAAGUUACUUCUUCUUCCAAAUGAAUGGAUUAGACAAUCGGUAAUCUGCCUAAUUUUAGCAAUUAGUGAUAAUUUGCUGGAUGCUGAUAAGUAUUGUUUUCUUUACCCUAUAGUAAAGGGGUUCUUGGUAUAUGAUGUGAACACUAUAAAUUGGAAUACCUUGUAUCCAUCUAUCACAAAGCCAUUAUCAAAACAGAUAUACAAUUUAGCAAUAACUUGGUCAUCAAAUGCAUCGAAUAAAUCUUUAUUCUGGCAAGAGAAGAGUUUUUCAGUAUUCAAUGAUUUGAAAGCACCUACAAAGAUAUUGCCCUAUUCGACAAAUAUGGGGAAAUCUGUUUAUAUUCCUAAAUCCAAAAAUGGAUUUUCUUUGAAUAAUACGAACUCAAACAUUCCAUUAUCCCCAGAAGAUAAACAAUGGGUUUUAAAACUAAAAUCUGUUGGGUUAAACGAUAGGGACUUAUGGAAGAUAUUCAUUUUACGAGAUUAUAUUUAUCAUUCCAGCAAAUCCAAUACUUCACCUACGGCUAAAGAUGAUUUUGAACUUCCAAAAGACAUUAACAUUACCCCACGUAAUGUCUUCUUCGAAGUUUGCUAUAAAUCGGAACCUUUUUCAUCGGGUUCUAAAACAGCAGAAACGAAUUUUGAAUCAGUGCAUACUCUUUCAAAUUCCAAGAAGGAUGAAGAUUCCACACGAGGAUUAAAUUCUCUUAUAUUACCUAAUUUUGGUAAGGUAAAAGUUUCAUUACAGACUGUUCAAGCAAAUGUUUUCGGAGAAUUGGAUACUAGUCAUGAUUCUUCUUUCAAUGCUAGUAGUAGCCAUCAUCAUCAUCAUAUCCAUUCUACGAAUAAUUCCAAUUCGACUCAUAGAGUAUUUAGUGUUAAUAACCAAAAAAUUAUCACUGCAAAUAUGAAGCAUAGUUAUACUGGUUAUAACCCAUAUAUGUUGAAUUAUUUGCAUAAUGUCGAAUUUGAACCCACGUUAGAGAGCUUUUCAGAAUUUGGUAAUAUCGUAAAAUCUUCGAAAGCAACUACAUCAGAUAGUAGUAUUUGGAAACCACAAGGCAUAUGCGUAGCGCAUAUUAAUACAAAUAAUAGCGAUGGUGACAUUUAUGGAGUAAACUGCAUAUCUGUUGGUCCAACUUCAGAGUUUUUUAUAACUGGGUCCGAAGAUGGAAUAUUGAGAGUUUGGGAUACUUUAAAGUUAGAAAAGAAUAUCGCCGUUAAACGUGAAAGUCUUUCUAUCAAAUUAGAGUCAUCAAUUGUUGGUAUUAAAUUUAUUCCAAAUAGAUUUGUAUUUCUGGUAAUUACUACUGAUGGAAAAUUAAGAUUGUUUAGAAUUGAUGUUUCACGGGGAAAGAACAAAAGAAUUACCAAAUAUACAAGACUUGCCUUGAUUAGACAUUAUAGUUUGGAUGUUACAGAGGAUGGCUAUUUAACAAGUAUUGAAUAUUGUAUUUCUCUGAAGCAUGCUUGGAUUGUUGGUAUUACAUCUAAUUCCAAAAUCAUAGGAUUUGAAAUCAUCAAGAUGGAAGUUGAAUUUAAUUUGCAAAAUCCUGUAAUGCUUGGUGUAAAUACAUCAUACAUAAUUGACCACAAGGCAGCGUGGUUGUUAGUGGGUACGGAUAAGGGUAAUUUAUGUCUAUGGGACUUAAGAUUUAGAACGCUAGUCAACUCCUGGAAAUUGAAUACAAACAAUAAAUCUGAUAAUCUGUCUGCAAUAAAGAAAUUGAUUUUGAUGCCAAAUGAUUUUAAUCUAGAUGUAAAACUGGAAAAUACUUCUUACUUUGCAAUGAUUGGUGGUACCAACGAGUCAGAUAUUUCUCUUUGGGAGAUUCCGAGCUUUGAAUGCCGUGAAGCGUUUAGUUCGAGUGCAAUUAACCCAAAAGUCAAGUUGUUUUCAUUGGAUAAAAUUGAAGUUACCAAAGAGCCAGAAAUUGAUGCCAUUGUAUCGGACUUAAAUAUAGAUUUUGAUGCUGAUAAUAAUAAGGAUAAGAGUAUGACCGCAUUACUGUCAUUCAGAAGCAAUACAAGGGACUAUUUUGCAUGUGCAACUUGGGAUAGAAGGAUUAUCCUUUGGAAUAUUUUUGACACAGCAGAAUCCGUCUCUCUCAAUAAUAUGCAUGCAACAACUUUCAAUAAGUCUAAGGUUAAUCUGACACUUCAAUUGAAUUAUGAAAGAGUUAGCUUAGAUAAGAGGCUGGAUGAUCUAACUACUUUGAAUAAUAUUGCUAGUCAACAAUUUGACUCUGUCAGGAUGCAUCAAGAUGUUAUAACCGAUGUAGGUGUAGUCACUAGACCGUUUGAAAUGAUUGUUUCUGCAGAUAGAAAUGGCUUCAUUAACUUAUAUAAGUAA